CAGGCAUCAUCGGGGGACCAUGGCUAAAGUACUGGACGGGGGCUGGCGCAGUGAUCUCCUCCAUAGGCAUGUUUGAGGCCCAGAUGAGCAGCGGUGCAUUUCAACUCCUUGGCAUGGCGGACCUGGGCCUCCUCCCGACCAUCUUCUCCCAUCGCGGCGCCCGCACUAGGACCCCAUGGGUUGCCAUCACCGCAUCGACCGUCAUAACGAUCGCCGUCUCCUUCCUUGGGUUCGAUGACGUCAUAGCGACAUCCAACUUCAUGUAUGGCCUCGGCACGUUGCUUGAGUUCGCAUCCUUUCUAUGGCUCCGAGUUAGGCAUCCUGCACAGAAACGUCCCUACCGCGUGCCGCUACCAGUUCCCGCACUUGUCGUCAUGUGCAUUGUGCCAUUAUCGUUCCUCGCCUACGUGUGUGUGGUGGCCGGGUGGAGGGUACUCGCCAUCGCCGCGGGGCUGACCACACUCGGCGUUGGGUGGCACGGUGUCAUGAGGAUGUGUAGAGUCAAGAAGUUGCUUAGUUUCAACAAUGUUUAGUGGUUUCAGUUGAAUAAGAUGGUACCACACAUAUUGCUGCUAAGGGUUGUAAUAUAUUUGAAUGAUAUUCGGGUGUGUCGAACAUGAAUAUUAUGAUUGAUAAUUUGGGAAUUGACCCUUAAAGUACAUAUGAUUAUUGUAUAGUUCUAAACUAUUUUGUAAGUAUAUAAGUUGAGUAAUGAAAUGAAAAUGCAUGUGCUUCUUCCCAUGCAUGGUUGCAAA